CCGUGCGGACGUCGGUAACGUAACGGUCACCCGGGAACAUAUGGCUCCGCAUGUGACGCCGUCGCUGUUCUCGCCGUCUGUACGCGUAUGAAAACAACUCUCUCGUUGAGUUGACAAUUGUCGGUCUCUCCACCGGUGCACGCCGUCUAUCCAGGCCACGGCUCGCCUGCGGCGAAGGGCACGAUUGAGAGACGCUGGACGCUGCACGUUAUUGCGCCGCUCACUUAGCUUAUGUAUGUUAUAUGCGUCAGUGUCGAAAUUAGUAUACAGAGGAUAACCAGUCGGGAGGCGAACGGUCGCUACGACGAGAGGCGUUUGAAAAACCUGCGAAGAUGAGCGACGAUCAGACGAACGAGCAGAGCCCACCUGCGGAGCUGUCGUCGAGUGACAUAGAAAAAAUGGAGGAAGCAAAGUUGAAAGCAAAAUUUCCAAAUGCAGCUGGUCGACCAUUCGGCGGUCAUUCCGCGUUUCUGCAGAAAAGGCUAGCCAAAGGGCAAAAAUAUUUUGAUUCUGGGGAUUAUCAAAUGGCAAAACAAAAGUCUACAGCUAAGCCAAAGCCAGCUGGUGUUCUGCCAACGGGAGAUGCUAUACCGACACCAGAAACAGUACCACAGCGAAAAACAUCUAUUAUCCAACAAAAAUUUAAUACAUCGACAACAACAUCAUAAGAUCUAUCUGGUUAUUCUACUACUUCUCAAAAUAUAUUUUAUUAAUUAGUCUUAUGUUUGGAUGUCGAAGUAACAUGGUACGAUCAUGAUUGAUUGGUGGCUUAUACAUAUAUAAUUUUAUGUUUGAAAACAUUUUGAGGAUCUUCCACGAAACAUUUUACAGUACCAUAAAAUUCUUCUGUAUUUGUAGGAAACCAACUAAUUUUUUAGCUAUUCAUUCUCAAAACAGCAUCAGUAAUAUUGUUAUAAAUAGUGUUCUAUACGUAUGUGCCACAAUGCUACAUAAGUUUUAUAACAUAUGAAAGUAAUAAUUAAGCAUCACAUUCUUCUUAAUUGCCUGCCAUUCAGAUAUUCUUAUUUUGGAAAUUAAUUCUAUUCUGAUUUGCAGUAAAGAAUUAAAGAUAAAAAAAGUUGCACUAGUAUUCAGGUUGUAUUGUUAGCCAGCAAUAAAUAUACAUUUUAGGUGCACAUAUAUAUGCAAAAAUUUAUAUUGAGAAUGUGAGAUAAGUAAAUGAAUAAUAAUAAAUAUCUAAUAACAGGAAAACUUAUCUUGGUGAUAUAUAAUUUGAGUAUAAUCCACUUGUGCAUGAUAAGAUUGAGAAUAAGAAGAUAUACAGAUCUGCAUUUCCAAAGCUGCUGUGAUGCGCUUUUAGUAAGACUAUUUUCUUAUGAGAAACCGUAUUUACUGUAAAAAUCUGUAGUAUGAACAUAAUUUUAAACGUAACUACAGUUUUGCUUAUUGUAAACUACAUUUAGUAAUAUAUUGCAAUUAUAAAAUCU